GACGGCGCGCUGCGCGUUCUAGUGACAGUGUUCGCCAUUUUGAAUCGAAAAUAUGACCGAUUUUUUUCCCUGCCUGGCAUGUGUAAGGCUGACUGAGACAAGCGUUUGAGAUCAGUAUUUAUUGUAUUAUACACAUAACCAGUAGAAGUUAGGUUAAGUAAAUAGUGAUUGUAUGUCGGAUUCAGCAGAAAGAUAGAUGGCCUUACUCCUUCAGAGGAAGUAGCGUUAAACUAUUGGCUGUAUUUAUCACAGUGAUACAUUGCUAGCUGGCUAGUUAGCUUGACAAGCAAAACAAAUCACAGUUCCUUCGCUGACAAGCUAGCUAAUCAAGUCGACGAAGAGUGGUGUGAGAGGUUAUGCUGAGUGCUCAGUAGCGGUGGUGCUGGAGCGCUGGUGACCGUGAGCAAACGGAGCCCCAUGCUGGUGACCGCCUGGCCCCACAGCGCUCUCCGCAUUCUGCACCUCAGAUGCCUGGCUGUCUGCGCGUGGCCUCUCAAUAAGGACCUACAGAUUUCACCAGCUGGUCAGUACUUCCUGCUGCAGCCGCCACCAUGUUCUGGAAGUUCGACCUGCACACCACCUCGCACAUGGAGCAGCUGCUGGAGCGCGAGGACGUGACGCUGCGCGAGCUCAUGGAGGAAGAGGAUGUGCUGCAGGAGUGUAAGGCCCAGAACCGCCGGCUGCUGCUCUUCCUCUCCCAGGACCAGUGCAUGCAUGAGCUGGUGGGCCUCAUCACGCAAGAGCCCCCCGCAGACCUGGAGGAGAAAGUGCGCUUCAAGUUCCCCAACAUAGCGUGCGAGCUGCUGACCUGCGACGUGAGCGUGAUGAACGAUAAGCUGGGCGGAGACGAGGCGCUGCUGGAGAAGCUCUACUGUUUCCUGGAGCAGGAGCCUCCACUCAACCCUCUGCUGGCCAGCUUCUUCAGCAAGAUCGGCAACCUCAUCACCCGCAAGACCGAGCAGGUGAUCUCUUUCCUGAAGAAGAAGCACAACAUUCAUCAGUCUGGUGCUGAACACAUCGACGCGUCGGCCAUGAUGGACCUGUUGCUGCGCCUCAUCAGCUGCGUGGAGCCUGCUCCGCUCCGCCAGGAGGUCCUCAACUGGCUAAAUGAGGAGCGUCUGAUCCAGAGGCUCACAGCGCUUAUACACACAGGCAGAGAUGAGGAGAGACAAUCCAAUGCGUCCCAGACCCUCUGUGACAUCAUCCGCCUCAGCAGAGACCAGGCCAAUCAGCUGGCAGAAGCCGUGGAGCCUGACCCUUUACUCGCCGUCCUGGAGUCGCAGGAGAAUGUGUCGGAGCUGCUGAAGACCAUGUUUGAGGGGGAGCGGACAGAGGCAUCGGUUGUCAACGGAACUCAAGUGCUACUUACAUUACUGGAGUCACGGAGGACAGGGCUUGAGGGGCUAAUGGAUCUCUAUUCUCAGGGAAGUGAACGGUCGUACACUGUCAGCGGCAGUAUUUUGCGUGCUAUUGAGCCUCAUCUUAAGGACUUCCAGCAACUUCUACUUGACCCUCCCAAGAAAAGUGCAAUACUGACGACGGUGGGCUUGCUGGAGCAGCCUCUGGGUAACGCCCGUCUGCACGUGGCGCGGCUGGUGGCCUCCCUGCUCCAGACCAGCGACGCCAGCCUCUGCCAAGAGCUCUGCCGCCUCAACAUCAUGGACAAGCUGCUGGAUCUCUUCUUCAAGUACACCUGGAAUAACUUCUUGCACUUCCAAGUGGAGCUGUGCGUGGCGUCCAUCCUGAACCACUCCGGCUCCUCCGAGAGCCUGGGCAGCGCUGUGGGCCUGCAGAACCACACCAGCUGGCGUCUCAAGCUCAAGCCCCUGUCCUUGCCCAAGCCCCAGCCCCAGCCCCUGCCCCUUCCCAAGCCCCUUCCCAAGCCCCUUCCCAAGCCCUUCCAAGCCCCUUCCCAGCCUGCCUUCCCAAGCCCCUUCCCAAGCCCUUCCCUGCCCCUUCCCUGCCCCAGCCCUAGCCCAAGCCCCUGCUGCUGCCGAGGCAGAUGCCGCCACCUCCACACCCCCACCGACGGCGACCCCAAAGCUCAGCAGAACAGCGUGGCGGAGCCCCCGUCACAGACCUCCGUCCACGACAUGCUGGUGGCACAUCUCUUCCAGCAGUGCUGUUUGGUGCAGAGGAUUCUAGAAGCCUGGGAGGAAAAUGACAAGAUUCAGGCGGAGGGCGGCGCCAGGAGGGGCAACAUGGGCCACCUGACGCGCAUCGCCAACACCGUGGUGCAGAACUUGGAGAAGGGCCACGUGCAGUCGCAGAUCAGCGAUCUCAUCAGAGAGCUGCCUGAGGACUGUAGGGGGCGCUGGGAGAGCUUUGUUGGGGAGACGCUGAGAGAAACCAACAGGAGAAACACAGUAGAUCUGGUGAGCACUCAUAACCUGCACUCUUCCAGUGAGGAUGAUGAUAUGGAAGGUCCAUUCCCCAAUGACCUGUCCAUCCAACAGGCUUUCUCAGACUAUCAGAUCCAGCAGAUGACUGCCAACUUCGUGGAUCAGUUCGGCUUCAAUGAUGAAGAGUUCCACGAACACGACGAGAACAUCAAUGCUACAUUUGACCGCAUUGCUGAAAUCAACUUCAAUAUCGAUGCAGAGGAAAAUAGUGCCAAUGCAGCUGCAUUUGAGGCGUGCUGUAAGGAGAAGAUCCAGCAGUUUGAUGACUGUGAGGAGGAAGAGGAGGAUAUCUGGGAGGACAAAGAGAUAAACUAUGCAACACAAGUUAAAUCUCGAUCCAGGUUUGGAGUGUGUCUGUCGUCAGACAGCGCUUCUAAAGGCGCUCUGAAGAACGGUGGACGGGGCCGCAGGUCGGCCUCUGAUGAUGACGAAGAGGAGGGGCCAAAACAGACCACCACCCCCUCUCCCACCCCCAAAGGGGCAGAGCCUCCAGAGACACAGAGCCCUGGCUGGACAGCCACGUUCAGCGAGGGAGAUGCGAGUGGGGUGAGUGUGGGCUCCAGUCCCUGGGGAACCCCCGUCUCUGAGCAGCAGAGUGCUGCCAACACACAAGACACCGGCUGGGCCAACUUCACAGAGUUCCAGCCCUUCAACAGCUCAGACAGCAGACCAGCAGACCCCGGUGCCCAGGCCAAACAGACCCCGGACAAAAACUCAACGGGCUCGGGCGUGUGGGAGGUGUGUGGG